CGGGUAGUUGUGUAGUGUCAACUGUCGUGACGCAGGUUCUGCGAAUCGUCGGUGGUUGGGGGUGGUUAACUGUAUUCAUAUCGUGAGCGUAACACAAAUUGGAUUACAUUUAGUGUUCAUCAGUUGACGGCAAGAGGCGUGGCAAGAAGUGCAGCAUAGCGUGGUGCGAAAGUGGGCGACGGGAGGUUCAGAGUGCAUAACAUGACGGCCUGACAUCCACUCACCAUGACCGUGGACUUUGCUGAUUAUUUCUGGGGUGAAAAGAAUAAUGGGUUUGAUGUACUGUACCAUAAUAUGAAGCAUGGGGCAAUCGCCAGUAAAGAACUGGCAGACUUUCUGCGCGAGAGAUCAGCAAUUGAAGAAAGUAAUUACAAGCUUCUAAGCAAAGUUGCCAAGCAAGCGAGCGGUACUGGCGGUAGUCAUGGAACUUUUGCCCCUGUCUGGGCGGCACUGCGAGGUGCUGCUGAAAAAUUAGCUGGCCUCCAUUUACAGAUGGCACAGAAAGUUGGGGAACUGAUUAAAGAUGUUUCCAAAUAUGCAGAUGAGCUUCAUAAAAAGCACAAAGUGGUGAAGGAAGAAGAAUCUAGCACUUUAGAUGUCGUACAAAGUAUCCAAAAUACAACAGUUACGUUACAAAAAGCCAAGGAUAUGUGCGUCCAGAAAGGUUUAGAAUUGGAGAAAUUGAAAAAAGACAAUGCCAGUCAACGAGAGCUGGAAAAAGCUGAUGCAAAAUUCAAGAAAUCUCAAGACGAUUACAAAGCACUGGUGGAAAAGUAUAAUGCAAUCCGCAACGAUUUUGAGUCCAAAAUGACUCAGGCCUGCAAGCGAUUUCAAGACAUCGAGGAAACUCAUUUAAAGCACAUGAAGGAAUUUUUGAACACUUACGCCGAUGUUCUGCAGAGUAAUCAUGAGCAAGUUGGUCAAGUUCAUAUAGACUUCAAAAGACAGUGUCUGGAUAUGACUGUGGACAAACUGUUGGAACAAUUUGUUCAAAGCAAAUAUACGGGGUUUGAAAAGCCAGGUGUCAUCGAGUACGAAGAGGUAAUGCUGAGCUUGAGUGCGACGACUAUGACACAACCAGCCCAGCAGGAAGGUAGUGCGGAUGUCUCCAAGGCUGCUAAUGGUGAAACAGGGGUUGCUGGUAAAAAACUAAAUUCAACAAAAAGUUGGGGAGCUAAGGGGCAAGGGUUCCUGCGAAGUAGGAGAGAAAAACGAAAAGAGAAAAAGGCGAAGAAGAAAAAAGACACAGUGGAGACUAGCAGCAACAAAGAAGAGAAGUCCGACCCGGAGGAGAAAGACGACGGUCGUAAAUCUGGAACACCGACGCCUGAGGUCGACGAAGAUGGAUUCUGUAUAAAACCGAAAGUUGACCCUUGGGAAAACGAAAGAGGGUUUUACUCAAGCUCGGACAGUGACUCCGAAGAUGAAAGAGAGCGUAAAAUUCGUGUCGAAAUCAAACCUUUGAGCAACGGCAGUGCUCCGAUGAGUGCUAGUGUCGACGAGCUCCGAGCAACAGUGGAAAACCUCUCUUUGUCUCCUGUAGGCACAAUCGCGGGUCGUAGAGGGUCCAACGCCGAUACAGAUCACCACAUGAAGAGGUCACAGUCUGUCUCUCAGCAGCUCGGAGGAAAGCCCAGUUCUGACCUCCUCGGCUUGAACCUCUUCAAUCCCAGCAGUACACCGUCCAGUGCCUCAACGCCGACAAGCGGUCACCCUUACGCACCACUUCAAAGCCCGCCACCUCUAUCCUCUCCGCCCACGAUUUCUCAACCCUCGCCACAUACGCAUGCCCCAGCCACAGCUCACCCCAACCCACGAUUCCAAGAUAGCGAUCUAUUUUCCGAGGUAGGGGAAAUCAGUGUGGCUCUACCGCCGAAGCAGUCACCUAGUGCCUCCAUAGCGAUUCCAAGGCCACCUUCGAGACGAGGUGACGGGAUGAGUGCGGCGACGUCUCGUGGUCGAGUUUCGCCGGCAACAUUAUCUCGAGCCGACAGUGUGGCCAGUCUGGAGUUUCGAACGUCCGGUGUGGCGGUCGGAUCAUCGAGGGGACCCUCGCCCCUAACAAUCGGUCUGGCUGAUACAAUACCUUUAGCUGUCGCGUUCCAUGAAAUAGUUCACUCUUACUUUCGGGGCACAGAUGAAACUCGAUGUCAGGUGAAGCUCAGCGGAGAUAUGAUGCUAUCCUUUCCAGCUGGCAUCGUUGCCGUCCUGGCCAAUAAUCCAAAUCCUGCUAAGCUAGUUUUUCGUGUUAAAAAUAGCAACAGACUCGAAAAGUUACUGCCAAACAGUCAGCUGAUCAGCUUGGAUGCUACGCAAGCAACGGCUGACAGUACAGUAUUCGACUUCAAUAUGAGUGCCUUAACCACCCUACUUCGACGGCAGGCGGAACAAAAUCCUUCAGCUUCCUACUUUAAUGUGGAUAUACUCAAGUACCAAAUAAAGAACAAGGAGGGUGCAGGAUCGUGCCCCUUUCAACUCGUCGCAUAUUGGAAAUGCGAAACAACGCAUACCGACUUGAAAAUUGAUUACAAGUACAACAGUCGUGCAAUGGCAUUACCAAGCCCGCUUCUGAAUGUUCACAUAGCUUCGCUGAUUGACGGAGGUUUCAAGAGCCUGCACAGUAAGCCACUCGCUCAGUGGCUUCCUGAUUCUAAUCGAAUAUUGUGGAAAUUCACUGAACUCUCGCAGCAUAGCGAAGGUGGUGGUGUCGGAUCUCUUAAAGCAAGGAUUGAGCUGGAUCAAGGGCCAGGAUCACAAGGAACAAUAUUCACGCAAUUCAAUUGCGAAGGCACUACCCUGUCCGGGGUUGAGUUUGAACUCGUCGGUGUUGGGUAUAGGCUCAGUUUAGUGAAGCGGAGAUUCGUCUCCGGGCGGUACAUGUGCGACGGUGAUUCAGAUCUAAGACCUCGUUACGCAGCGCCACCAUCCACGAUAAACUGAUGUCUGGUAAAUUGGGAAAUGCGUUAACAUACAGGAGAGGAAUCAGUUUCCUCUUCCACUCUCCCACCCUCCGCCUCCAGUCAUCCUCUUCACUGUCUUGGAAUGCUGCUGUAACCUGAAUAUGUAUCCUGGAUACCAAAGAAACAAGUAUAAGAGUUGUGCGUGUAUAGCUUUACUCGCAAUUCAAGUUUACCUUAUAUAUCUCAUGAGAGUUUAUCUGCUAAAAUAUUACAGUUCCGGUAUAUUUUGUUAGUAGUACUCUCCUUGGUGUCCAGUAAGUACAUUGAAUGCAGUCGUGUCUAUAAACUGUAAUUAGGAUAAUUUUCAAACGGAAUGGAACAGACUAGAUUUGACAUAUUUUUUACUCUCUACACACAAACACACGCACUUGAAGUAGAUCACUUUAUCAUCUAUCACUACGUUAAUUGUGGUAUUUUUUUAAAUUGUCAUUAAUAUUAUUAAUUAUUGUUAUUAUUACUAUUAACAUCAUUACUGUUGUUGUUAUUAUCAUUGUCAUCAUAAUCAUCAUAAUCUUCAUCGUCAUGGACAAUGUUAUAAUUCGAUUAUCUCGACUAUUGUCAUUGUUUGUUCAUUGCGCUCUAUCACCGAUAGCCAAACCUUCCAAGUUAAUCAUUCUAACUUUAUAGAAAUUUUAUGUAUGCAUUGGUAGGGCCUAGAAUUAUCAUCAUACUGCAAUAAUUUAGCCAGAAUGAUGAUAUGCCGGGUUCAUGUAAAUCAUUUAUCGAGCAAAUAUUUAUGUAGGCUCCCUAUAACAUCCUCUGUACCCGAGUUCGUUAGACUCAAACCAAGUAUCAGUUCGUGCCUCGCAUACUUGCGUAUUGAUUCAACGCAAUCUGAGAAUAAUUGCGAUAUCAACUAAAUGAUUUCAAUAUUGUAAAUAAUUGACUACUUAUAAUACGUGUAUACACAUGCUAAUACAUACGUACAUAUGUAUGUACAUCAAUUCAAUAAUAUUAAAACUUCUAAUUAGUAGUUUCAUUUCACAGGGUGCCCAAUAAUUUAGAAGUUCGGGAAAUUUCAGGAAUGUAUAUUCCACAGAGAAAAAUCGAAACAAUCUCCAGAAAUUUUAUAAAAGUGAAGAACCCCCCCGGCUUUGAAACGAAAUCUGAAUUACACGCGUACCGAUCUGGGUAAAACUAUUCAUUAGUAAAACUUUGAUUAAUCAGGGCAAUGACAGACUGGG